AUGGAAAUAAGUAUAUCUACUGGUAUAUCUACACCUAUCAAAGCAGAACCAUCAACUUUAACUGUAUCCGAGACAUAUUCCAUACAGUCUGAUCCUAAACCUACAUCUACCAAUUCAAACAUUUAUUUUGCUACAGAUAUUGUGCCAUCAUCUACUUUGAAAAUAGUGCCGUCAACAUCCAAACAAGCCACUAUGGCUAUCACAGAAGAAAAUCUACUAACAACAGUUUCUGAGACAUCUGUCUCCUUGGAAACAUGGUCACAUGUAUCACAUGAAUUUGCCCUAACUCUCAGUACAGAAAAUGAAAAUCCUUCAUCUACUGCAGAAACACCACAAACUGUGGACAAUGAAGAAAUGAUCUCAACUUACCUGGAAACUGCAGUAUUAACAACUAUAGGGCAUGAGGCAACAACUUUGAAAGAAAGUGAUUAUGUAUCUAGUUUUCCUUUGGAUGCUAAAAUAACAACAUUAGUUGCUUCUACUUUCCAAACAGUGCUGACUGGAUCGGAGGAAACAAAAUUAGAUAUAACUGAUGAAAGGAGACAGUCAACUGUUGCAGCUGAAUCUAUCUCUCCCGAAAUAAAUGUAUACACAUUUAAAUACACUGACAUAUCGACUUCUCUAGAUACCAAGCUUCCACUUACAAGAACAGAAACACCACUAACUUUAGAAAAGGAAACAAUGACUUCAACUCCUGAGGAAAUAAGUAUAUCUACUGGUAUAUCUACAUCUAUCAAAGCAGAACCAUCAACUUUAACUGUAUCCGAGACAUAUUCCAUACAGUCUGAUCCUAAACCUACAUCUACCAAUUCAAACAUUUAUUUUGCUACAGAUAUUGUGCCAUCAUCUACUUUGAAAAUAGUGCCAUCAACAACCAAACAAGCCACUAUGGCUAUCACAGAAGAAAAUCUACUAACAACAGUUUCUGAGACAUCUGUCUCCUUGGAAACAUGGUCACACGUAUCACAUGAACUUGCCCUAACUCUCAGUACAGAAAAUGAAAAUCCUUCAUCUACUGCAGAAACACCACAAACUGUGGACAAUGAAGAAAUGAUCUCAACUUACCUGGAAACUGCAGUAUUAACAACUAUAGGGCCUGAGGCAACAACUUUGAAAGAAAGUGAUUAUGUAUCUAGUUUUCCUUUGGAUGCUAAAACAACAACAUUAGUUUCUUCUAUUUUCCAAACAGUGCUGACUGGAUCGGAGGAAACAAAAUCAGAUAUAACUGACGAAAUGAGACAGUCAACUGUUGCAGCAGAAUCUAUCUCUCCCGAAUUAAAUGUAUACACAUUUAAAUACACUGACAUAUCGACUUCUCUAGAUACCAAGCUUCCACUUACAAGAACAGAAACACCACAAACUUUAGAAAAGGAAAAAAUGACUUCAGCUCCUGAGGAAAUAAGUAUAUCUACUGGUAUAUCUACAAAUAUCAAAGCAGAACCAUCAACUUUAACUGUAUCCGAGAUAUAUUCCAUACAGUCUGAUCCUAAACCUACAUCUACCAAUUCAAACAUUUAUUUUUCUACAGAUAUUGUGCCAUCAUCUACUUUGAAAAUAGUGCCAUCAACAACCAAAGAAGCCACUAUGGCUAUCACAGAAGAAAAUCUACUAACAACAGUUUCUGAGACAUCUCUCUCCUUGGAAACAUGGUCACACGUAUCACAUGAACUUGCCCUAACUCUCAGUACAGAAAAUGAAAAUCCUUCAUCUAAUGCAGAAACAAUACAAACUGUGGACAAUGAAGAAAUUAUCUCAACUUCCAAGGAAACUGCAGUAUUAACAACUAUAGGGCCUGACACAACAACUUUGAAAGAAAGUGAUUAUGUAUCUAGUUUUCCUUUGGAUGCUAAAACAACAACAUUAGUUUCUUCUACUUUCCAAAGAGUGCUGACUGGAUCGGAGGAAACAAAAUUAGAUAUAACUGAUGAAAGGAGAAAGUCAACUCUUGCAGCAGAAUCUAUCUCUCCCGAAAUAAAUGUAUACACAUUUAAAUACACUGACAUAUCGACUUCUCUAGAUACCAAGCUUCCACUUACAAGAACAGAAACACCACUAACUUUAGAAAAGGAAACAAUGACUUCAACUCCUGAGGAAAUAAGUAUAUCUACUGGUAUAUCUACACCUAUCAAAGCAGAACCAUCAACUUUAACUGUAUCCGAGACAUAUUCCAUACAGUCUGAUCCUAAACCUACAUCUACCAAUUCAAACAUUUAUUUUGCUACAGAUAUUGUGCCAUCAUCUACUUUGAAAAUAGUGCCAUCAACAACCAAACAAGCCACUAUGGCUAUCACAGAAGAAAAUCUACUAACAACAGUUUCUGAGACAUCUGUCUCCUUGGAAACAUGGUCACACGUAUCACAUGAACUUGCCCUAACUCUCAGUACAGAAAAUGAAAAUCCUUCAUCUACUGCAGAAACACCACAAACUGUGGACAACGAAGAAAUUAUCUCAACUUCCAUGGAAACUUCACUAUUAACAAGUGUAGGGCCUGACGCAACAACUUUGAAAGAAACUGAUUAUGUAUCUAGUUUUCCUUUGGAUGCUAAAACAACAACAUCAGUUUCUUCUACUUUCCAAACAAUGCUGACUGGAUCGGAGGAAACCAAUUCAGAUAGAACUGAUGAAAGGAGACAGUCAACUGUUGCAGCAGAAUCUAUCGCUCCCGAAUUAAAUGUAUACACAUUUAAAUACACUGACAUAUCGACUUUUCUAGAUACCAAGCUUCCACUUACAAGAACAGAAACACCACUAACUUUAGAAAAGGAAAAAAUGACUUCAACUCCUGAGGAAAUAAGUAUAUCUACUGGUAUAUCUACAUCUAUCAAAGUAGAACCAUCAACUUUAACUGUAUCCGAGACAUAUUCCAUACAGUCUGAUCCUAAACCUACAUCUACCAAUUCAAACAUUUAUUUUGCUACAGAUAUUGUGCCAUCAUCUACUUUGAAAAUAGUGCCAUCAACAACCAAAGAAGCCACUAUGGCUAUCACAAAAGAAAAUCUACUAACAACAGUUUCUGAGACAUCUGUCUCCUUGGAAACAUGGUCACACGUAUCACAUGAACUUGCCCUAACUCUCAUUACAGAAAAUGAAAAUCCUUCAUCUACUGCAGAAACACCACAAACUGUGGACAAUGAAGAAAUGAUCUCAACUUACCUGGAAACUGCACUAUUAACAACUAUAGGGACUGAGGCAACAACUUUGAAAGAAAGUGAUUAUGUAUCUAGUUUUCCUUUGGAUGCUAAAACAACAACAUUAAUUUCUUCUACUUUCCAAACAGUGCUGACUGGAUCGGAGGAAACAAAAUCAGAUAUAACUGACGAAAUGAGACAGCCAACUGUUGCAGCAGAAUCUAUCUCUCCCGAAGUAAAUGUAUACACCUUUAAAUACACUGACAUAUCAACUUCUCUAGAUAUUAAGCUUCCACUUACAAGAACAGAAACACCACUAACUUUAGAAAAGGAAACAAUGACUUCAGCUCCUGAUGAAAUAAGUAUAUCUACUGGUAUAUCUACACCUAUCAAAGCAGAACCAUCAACUUUAACUGUAUCCGAGACAUAUUCCAUACAUUCUGAUCCUAAACCUACAUCUACCAAUUCAAACAUUUAUUUUGCUACAGAUAUUGUGCCAUCAUCUACUUUGAAAAUAGUGCCAUCAACAACCAAACAAGCCACUAUGGCUAUCACAGAAGAAAAUCUACUAACAACAGUUUCUGAGACAUCUGUCUCCUUGGAAACAUGGUCACACGUAUCACAUGAACUUGCACUAACUCUCAGUACAGAAAAUGAAAAUCCUUCAUCUACUGCAGAAACACCACAAAUUGUGGACAACAAAGAAAUGAUCUCAACUUCCAUGGAAACUGCACUAUUAACAACUAUAGGGCCUGACACAACAACUUUGAAAGAAAGUGAUUAUGUAUCUAGUUUUCCUUUGGAUGCUAAAACAACAACAUUAGUUUCUUCAAUUUUCCAAACAGUGCUGACUGGAUCGGAGGAAACAAAAUCAGAUAUAACUAACGAAAUGAGACAGUCAACUGUUGCAGCAGAAUCUAUCUCUCCUGAAUUAAAUGUAUACACAUUUAAAUACACUGACAUAUCGACUUCUCUAGAUACCAAGCUUCCACUUACAAGAACAGAAACACCACUAACUUUAGAAAAGGAAAAAAUGACUUCAACUCCUGAGGAAAUAAGUAUAUCUACUGGUAUAUCUACAUCUAUCAAAGCAGAACCAUCAACUUUAACUGUAUCCGAGACAUAUUCCAUACAGUCUGAUCCUAAACCUACAUCUACCAAUUCAAACAUUUAUUUUGCUACAGAUAUUGUGCCAUCAUCUACUUUGAAAAUAGUGCCAUCAACAACCAAAGAAGCCACUAUGGCUAUCACAAAAGAAAAUCUACUAACAACAGUUUCUGAGACAUCUGUCUCCUUGGAAACAUGGUCACACGUAUCACAUGAACUUGCCCUAACUCUCAUUACAGAAAAUGAAAAUCCUUCAUCUACUGCAGAAACACCACAAACUGUGGACAAUGAAGAAAUGAUCUCAACUUACCUGGAAACUGCACUAUUAACAACUAUAGGGACUGAGGCAACAACUUUGAAAGAAAGUGAUUAUGUAUCUAGUUUUCCUUUGGAUGCUAAAACAACAACAUUAAUUUCUUCUACUUUCCAAACAGUGCUGACUGGAUCGGAGGAAACAAAAUCAGAUAUAACUGACUAA